AUGGCAACCCGCUCCCAGAGCACCGCUUGUCCCCCGUCCCCUCUCAAUCAAGGAGAGUUGGGACCCGCUAUUUUGGCAACCGCCAAUGAGCCAACAAGCCUCGAACCCAAGGUCUAUGGGGAAAUCUCCCUCGGCUGCGCAAUCUCCCUCCUCCUGGGAUUGCAAAACCAAGUCCUCCGGCUCAAACGGGAACUUGAGGAACAAAAAGAAGCCACAAAGGAAGCCCAAGACUGGAUGGGGGCAGUUGAUCAAGCCCUCACUUGCAUCAAGACUAGGGGUGGAGCCCCACACACACCAGAAGACCGGAAACCUCCGGCAAUCGAGGCCACGCCCAGGCCCAUACCCAAAACCAACCCUCUUCCAGCGCCUAGUGCGCCCCUCAUUGCCUGGGCCAACCCCACAAAAGCUCCCCCCGCCUUUGCACAGCCAACUCCCAUCCGGGCUCCCCCGCAAGUCCAUACUCCCCCUACAUCUGCGCCUAUCAGACUCCAAUCCCCCCAUGUCCCUCAACCAGUAGCCGCGUACCAACCCCCGGUUAAGGUAGACCACCCUGAUGCCUACACUGGGAAAAUAGGGAAUGAAGCCCGCCAAUGGUUAACCAGGAUGUUGGCAUGGGUACACCUCAAUCAAAGGAUGUUUCCCACGGAUCAGGAGACGUUGUCAUUCCUCCUGAUGAACAUGAAGGACGUGGCAGGAGCAUGGGCGCACCCCCAUCUUGAUCAACUUGGGUCCCACAGGGCCUCAAUCCAAACAGUUGACAAUUUCAGGAUGGAGUUCUUGACUGCGUUUGGUAACCCAGAUGCUACACAAGCCGCCAAGCGGCAAAUCACAAACCUUACUCAGACAGGCACCUGUGCUGAGUACAUCACAAGGUUCAGGACCAUUGCUAUGGACCUGGACUGGAACAACGCCGCCCUCCGUGGGCAAUUUGCACGUGGCCUCCACUGGGAGGUCAGCCAUCUUAUUGCCACCCGCAAACAGCGCCCAACCACCCUCCUUGAGCUGCAGAAUGCGGCUCUGGUCAUCGAUGGCGCCCUCCGUGAGGAACGUGCCAGCCACCCGCCUAAGGGUAGUAAGUCUGGAACCUCUUCUUCCACCCCCAAUAGGGGGGCAAGUACCAGCCAACAGGCCACAAGACCAGGGCGCCUCUCUAACAACCCCAACUUUGUCUCCAAGGAGGAGCAAAACCGCCGCCGUGCUGAAGGCUUAUGCAUCAAGUGCAGCAAAUUGGGCCACAAGUUUGCAGAAUGCCGCACCGGCUGGAAAGCCACGCCUAAAGAGGAAGGCGUCAAAAAGGAAUCCGCCAAUGUUGUAGACACAAUUGAUACCAGGGAAUUUAUUCCCAUUUUCUCGAAUUUAAACAAAGACAAACGGACAACCUUUUCAAUCACGUGA